AUGGGGUUUAUUAAUGGGACUAACCCAUGCCCGCCAGCCUUCCUGCCAGUUGUCGCCGACAUCAAACCACAACCAAACCCGGCCCAUGCCGUGUGGUAUCGCCACGACAAAGCAUUGAUGCCAGUACUGAUUUCAUCACUCUCCGAAGAAGUCAUGCACCUCGCCAUUGGACGUCGUACAUCACGGGAGGUUUGGUUGUCCAUAGAGCAGUCUCUAGCUUCUUCGUCUCGUGCCCGGUCACUUAAUUUCCUCGACCAACUUCAGUCUCUCAGGCAGGGUGACUCCUCUAUUGCUGAUUAUAUUGGCCGUGCACGUGUUGUUACGAAAGACCUGGCCUUGGCCGGUCGAAAAGUUGGUUUGGACGAGAUGAACUUGUAUGUCUUUCGUGGGUUACAACCAGAGUAUCAAAACCUAACUACAUCACGUUGGGUUUGCGGGCAGCCCGUCACUCUUACAAAGCUCAUAGAAUUUCUCGGAGAUCAGGAAUUCAUUUGA